AGUCCAAUAAAUAGAUGCCAACAUUGCAUAUGGUUGCAUAUCAGAAGCAUUGCUAGCUAGGAGUCUUCAUCUACCCACAACAAGAAGAAGAAGAAGAAGCACGUCCACUUCUCUAAACCAUGAAGUUUCUCUUUGAAAAUCAUGGAUAUUCAUCUUCUGUUAUGGUCGUGUUUUUUCUGACGGUAGCAAGGUUGUUUCCCUUAAACACCGCAGUCCCAAGCAUAAAAUUGCCUCGCAAUGAAAAGGCUGAAGCAGUUUUUGUGUUCGGAGACUCCAUAGUUGAUACAGGCAACAACAACAAUAUCUUAACAACUGCCAAGUGCAACUUCCCACCUUAUGGUCGAGACUUCAUGGGUGGAAAACCAACUGGAAGGUUCAGUAAUGGCAGAGUCCCCUCUGACUUUAUAGCUGAAGCAUUUGGCGUAAAGAAAUUCUUGCCGGCUUAUCUUGACCCGGAUCUUCAACUUCAAGACCUCCUAACCGGAGUAAGCUUUGCCUCCGGCGGCUGUGGUUAUGAUCCUAUUACAUCAACUCUAGCGCCUGCAUUUUCUUUAUCUGAUCAACUGGACCAGUUCAAAGACUACAUAAAAAGAAUAGAUUCAGCAGUUGGAGAAGCAAGGAGAGCAAAAAUAGUAUCCAAAAGCGUAUUCGUAAUCUGCACAGGAACCAACGAUAUUCUGAACACUUACUAUUCUACUGCGUUGAGGCAAUUUCACUACACCAUUGAUUCGUAUACCGAUUUCUUGAUUAGCUGUGCUUCAAGUUUUAUCCAGGAACUUCAUGGACUUGGAGCAAGAAUAUUUUUAGUUCUGGGCUUACCACCAAUGGGAUGUGUUCCAUCUCAGAGAACCAUACAUGGAGGCAUUCACAGGAAGUGUGCUGAUUAUGCAAAUCAAGCAGCAAUUCUCUUCAAUUCCAAGCUACUCUCAUCUAUUCAUUCUCUCAAUUCAACGCUUUCUCAUGCUUUUGCUACAUAUCUUGACGUCUACAAUCCUCUGCUUUUCCUCAUCCAAAAUCCUGCUAAAUAUGGAUUUCAAGAAGCAACAAAAGGAUGCUGCGGCACAGGAAAAAUAGAGGUGACUUACCUUUGUUAUCACCUUGAUUACCCAUUAACUUGCAAAGAUGAUUCUAAAUAUGUAUUCUGGGAUAGUUUUCAUCCUACACAGAAGGCUUACGAGACCCUUAUCACUAUUGUCCUCAAGAGUGUUAACUAUUUGUUCGGAUGAUGGGACCUCUCUCUCUCUCUCUCUCUCUCUCUUUUUCCACAAUUGUCACUACUAUUAGUCCAAAAGAUGAAGAAAUGCCCAUUUAUUAGUUUGCAAGGAAUAAGUACUCUGUAUUUUAGUUGUACAAGUUUUUAAAGGAACGUCCUUUACAGAAGCC